AUGGCGUCGUCUCAGUUCUACGGGGAGGUGACUCCCGACGUAUUGAAAGGUGGAGCGCAAGAGGACAAGGGUGAGACGGCGCGUAUGCAAUACUUCAUCGGUUCGAUCGCGGUGGGCGACUUGGUGAAGACGACCCUGGGCCCGAAGGGUAUGGACAAGAUUCUGCAGCCGAUGAACAUGGAGGGUCCUCGCGGGGAGAACGUCAUCACCAACGACGGCGCGACCAUUCUGAAGUCGGUGUGGCUGAACAACCCAGCUGCUCGCAUAUUGGUCGAUGUGUCGAUGCAGCAGGAUUCCACCUGCGGAGACGGUACCACUGGCGUGGUGGUUUUGGCAGCCGAGCUUCUGCGCAAUGCCGAAAAGCUCAUCGAGCAACGCAUCCAUCCGCAGAUCAUUUGCCUGGGUUAUCGUCGUGCCCUGCAGGUUGCUCGUAAGCGUCUGGAGGAGAUUACGUUUUCCAGUCUCUCCAACCCCGAAAAGUUCGAGUCUGACCUGUUCAAGAUAGCUUGCACCACUCUUUCAUCGAAGUUGCUUCGUCACGAGAAGGAGCAUUUUGCGCGAUUGGCUGUGAAUGCGUUGUUGCGCAUGAACCGUGACCUGAAGGAGCACGGUGGCGGCUUGAAGGAUGCCUCGUCCCACAUUAAUUUGAGUUUGAUCCAGGUCAUCAAGAAGCCUGGCGGUUCGCUUAAGGACUCCUACCUGGAGGAAGGUUUCAUUUUGGAGAAGACCAUAGGUGUCGGUCAGCCAAAGAGCUUGACCGACUGCAAGGUGAUGAUCGCCAACACCCCCAUGGACACUGACAAGGUGAAGAUUUACGGCGUGAAGGUAAAUGUGGACAGCUUCGAAGCUGUGAGCGCGCUUGAGCAGAGCGAGAAGCAGAAGAUGAAGAACAAAGUCGACCGCAUUUUGCGUCACGGCUGCAACGUGUUCAUCAACCGCCAGUUGAUUUACAACUACCCCGACCAACUUUUCAAGGAGGCCGGAGUGAUGACAAUUGAACACUCCGACUUCGACGGCAUGGAGCGUCUGGCCAAGUGUUUGGGUGGUGAGAUCGUGAGCACCUUCGACACUCCCGAGGAUGUGACCCUCGGUCGCUGUGACAAGAUAGAGGAGAUCCUCGUCGGCGAGGACAAGCUGAUCCGUUUUAGCGGUUGUGCACGCGGCGGUGCGUGUUCUGUGAUACUUCGUGGUGCAUCAUCCCACGUGCUCGAUGAGGCAGAGCGCUCACUUCACGACGCACUGGCUGUGCUCUCCGAGACGAUUUCGGACGGUAAGGUGGUCUGUGGCGGCGGUUGUGCGGAGCUGGAGAUGGCCACCGCUGUAUUCGAGUGCGCCAAGACCAUAGAGGGCAAGGAAAGCCUUGCCGUUGAGGCGUUCGGCGCGGCUCUGCUGAAGCUGCCCGAGUAUAUCCUGUCCAACGGCGGCUACGAUGCAGCCGAUGUUGUGAGCAAGCUGCGAGCUGCGCACGUGUCAGGCAAUGUACAUGCCGGAAUCGACAUCGAACGUGGUGACGUGGGCAACAUGAUGGAGCUGGGUAUAUACGAGAGUCUGAAAUCGAAGAUGUCGCAAGUGUGCCUUGCUACGGAGGCUGCUGAGACCAUCGUGCGCGUCGACGACAUAAUCAAGUGCGCCCCCCGCGAGCGCCAGCCGGGAGUGUGA